AUGUACAAGAACAGGUUUAAGGCUUGGCGCUGGUCUAAGAAUAUCCCUACAGCAUGGAUGGCAAAGAAAGCACAGCAACGCAAGAAUGAUGGAAAAGACACAGUAUUUUACUGUAACGACCAAAGAUUGACUGCGGACGACGUAGCGCAGAGGAAUGGCAAAGCUUGGCAGAAUCAAAGCGACGAUUGCUCAUCAGUUAUCUGCGGUCGCACUCCUCAAGAUACAAAGUAUUACACACCUGGGAACGAAAGGCAUCAGCGGGACGUCUCCCAGCCACGCGGCUCGAGCUAUAGGCGUGAGGAAGAGAAAUUCUAUCUGGACACACCACCAAUCAACAUUGAGCUGAACAAGACAACACUAUCUCAACUUCACAAUUUACUCAGCGGUGCCUCUCGUGCAGCCUCGGCCGGCGAUGUUGAUGAAGCCGCUGCAGACUUUCGGGAUGCUGUAUCGGGAUUUCGCUUCAAACUUUCACCAACUCACGACGAAACGCUUAGGGCUGCAUACCUUUAUACUUGCUUCUAUGCAAAUUUGAACCAGAUGGAUAAGGCAGAUGCUAUACUAAACUGGAUGUCCAACCACCACGGUCGCCAAGAAGAUGCAGAGCUCCUCAUCUAUAAGCUCUUGGAUGAUGAGACGGAUGAUGGGGUCAACCUUCUUGACAUGGUUAACGAAUCCUCCGCUCAAAGUACCAUGUCAAUCAACCUGGACACAUCGUUCCCUGAGACAGAUGACCCCCAGUCAAUAAGCCAACAGCUCAACAAGAUCGAUCUAGCAAUGGUCUCAAACAUCAAUGGUCUAGACAAUGUCCUUGAGGUCAUCAUCAGGCAUUGUGAAUGCAAGCCCCAUGAUCUUGAUAUAUCUUUGCAGGCUUGCAGAGCCAAGUGUGCGCUUGCGAAAUGGCGCAACAACGCUGGUAAUUUGGAACAGGCCUUUAAUCUCCUCAAAGGUGCCAGAAGAUCAAUCACACCCUUUCUCUGUGUCGGCGAAGAGCCCAUGUCGCGGACGACUAUCCAAACCGCGAAAACACUCGCUUAUCAGUUUCUGGCCAUGGAGGACGAGUCUUCCUGUAACGCUGUGCUCGAAGAUGUUGUUAGUUCACUAGAGGCACGAUGCCAAGUCUUUGAUUGCGACGUAAACGAGGGGGAGCUUCUCCUGGACUUUGUUCUGACUGUUGGGUUCCAUUUUCACGAGGUUGCCUCCUGGGAUAAAUGCCGAUAUUGGGUCGAGCGCGGGUAUGGUCUUGCCAUUAGGAUGCAUGGCAUAAGGUCUCUGGAAGCUCGCAGAUUCCAGAAGGUACUAGACAAGGAGGACUUCGAUAUGAGGACUUCGAUAAGUGUACACGAUCCGAUGAAGUCUUCUGGGGGCUUCUUCAAUAUCAGACUAGUUUCUAACCCAGCGUCCCUAUAG